AUGUCCAAACCCAACGUGAAGAUGGCAGCCCCAAAGAACAUGACCUCAGAUGCGAAAGCAGCAGCGGCGGCGGCAAAGAUGCAUAGGCGAUCACGUUCUGGUUGCUUCACCUGCAGAUUAAGACGGAAGAAGUGCGAAGAGGGCAAGCCAGCUUGUAAGGCAUGCAAGCAUCUGGGUUUGCGAUGCGAUUAUAAGCGACCCAUGUGGUGGAGCAAUGGCGAGCAGCGACGGCAUCAGAAGGAACUGAUCAAGAACGCCAUCAAGCGAACUCAGCUUUCGAAGAAGAGCACCCAGGUACCGUCCGCGCCGAGUUGUCAUUCACCACCGAGUCUGUGCCACUCGAUCCCGACGUCCUCAGAGGUUUACCAGGAUUCGUUUCCGCAGAGUCGAGCGCCUUCGGUUGGAUCACCUUUCUCGUCAGGAUGCGAUUAUCCCUAUGCCUCGCCGGAGGGUUACUUCGCAAUGCCGCCUCCUCCACAACCAAUGAUCUCCCAUCCACAGUAUCCGAUGUUUUCGCCUUACGAGGUGGACAUCAAGACUGAACGCCAGAUAUACAUCAAUGGCGAGCAGACCCGAAGAGAUUCGACCGUAUCAACCUUCAGCACAUAUCAGCCGCCGCCAUUACCGAAUGGCAUGCCUGCCUUCCCAGCCGAUAGUUGGAUCCAGCAGGAAUACUUCGAAAGCAACACAGAAUCGCUCACGGAAGAGCCGGUGGACUUCAACUUCUUCGAGUACCCUCAUGAGCCACCAACCCCGGAGCACGAAACCGUCAUCAGUGUAGAUGACUGCGACAAGUAUCUGCUGAGUCACUUCUUCGACAAGGUCCUGAAGUUGAUCUUCCCGAUCUUGGAGGUGAAUCAGCAUGGCUCAGCACGAUCCGAUGUCAUUUUGCCAGCACUCGAGUCGAACAAAGCAUAUUUGCACUGCUGUUUAAGCAUCGCUGCGACACACAAGAAAGCUGCAGAGUCGAUAGAAAGCGAGCAGUUGGACAACGAUAUUGUGAGACAUCGCUACGCCGCAAUAUCGGAGCUUUGCGAAGCACUUGGGCGUGACGAGAAGCAUUCCCAGAUCCUCGAGGCGACCCUUGGCAUGAUCUUCUUCCAGUGCUCUGUCGGUCGAGCAGACGAUGCGCUUCCAGACAUCCCAUGGCACCAGCACUUCCAGGCUGCGAUCAGUCUGGUGAAUAAGCUGAGUCUCCCGGAGGCAGUGAUGGAUUUGGCAGCCAGCGGCCACGCGCAUCCACCGUUCAAUAUGGCUCUGACUGCGUGGAUCGACAUCCUUGGUGCCUCGAUGAUUGGACGAUCGCCUGUAUUCGCAGACACCUAUCGAGAACUCAACAUGGGCGGUCGAACAGGUGGACUGGCCGAAUUGAUGGGCUGCGAGGACAACGUUAUGUUUCUCAUUUCCGAGAUCGCAUGCCUCGAUGUCCAGAAGUCCGAAGGUCUCGAUGAGGUCGUCUUGUGCAAAUACGUCGAGGUCUUGGCUCACGAGCUGGGCCAAACCGAGCCUCCACAAGGCACAGUGCAGAACUGCUUCUCUGCCACAGGAGCCAUUCGCCCUCGCCAAUUGAGCGCAAACAUAUCCGCAGUUUUCCGAGUCGCUGCUCGCAUCUACUUGUGCUCUCUUGUUCCCGGUUACGAGCCACGGCAACCCAGUACAUGCCAUCUAGUAUCACAAUUCUCCGACCUCAUGAACUUCAUCCCAGCCGGACCUGACGGCUUCGACCGCUCGCUCGCAUGGCCGCUUCUGAUCGCAGGCUCCGCUUCCGUUGCAGCCUCUCCUUUCCGUUCGAUGUUCGAAGAGCGCUGCAAGCGUCUUGGUGACGCAGCAGAUUUCGGCUCCUUGGGGCGUGUUGGAGGCCUCCUGAAAGACGUUUGGCAAGCAAACAAAGACACCUUUGCGAAGGGCGACCAUCGCGGGGUUCGCUGGCGCGACGUGAUGCAGCAGAAAGGCUGGGACUACCUGCUCAUAUGA